GGGGGCGGGGCAGGGGCGGGACGGACACGAGCCGCGGUCCCCUGGCAGUCCCCCUCCUCCGGCCGGGCUCUCGCCCGCAACCCGGGCGUCAACAUCAAGCAGAAGAUCUCCCAGUGGGAGGGGCGCAGCCAGCAGGAGGGGGGCCGGGGGGUCACGCUCGGGGCCGGCGUCCCGUGGGUCGUGGUGUCCCGCACCCUCUCUGGAGACCUGCUGGGGAACGGGGACUGUGGAGCGGGGAGAGGCGGCGCAGCUCACGCCAAGCCCAGCCUGGCCAAGGCCAAGAGCCUGGGGCUGGACUUCAGGGAAGACCCGGGGAGGGGCAAACCCGGGGGGGGCGGCCGAAAGCCGGACCUCCAGCGGGACCACCAGCGCCCGGACGGUGCGGCGGACCCCGCCCCCAUCUCCGCCCCCGCCCCGAACCUCGCCCGCGACCCCCGCUACUAUACCGCCGCCGCCGCCGCCGCCGCCAAAGCCAGCGGAGAGAAGGUUCCGGAAGCAGAUCCCCCCUCGCCGCCGUCCUCUGUGGAGGACCCUCUAACGGCGCUGCCCCCCGGAAACUUCUACACCUCCCGCGGGUUCUGGCGCCGGCUCGAGGGGGAGGAGCUGCUGGUGGACCGGGGGAGGGGUGGGGCGUGUCCGGAGGGCGUCCCGUCUGAAGGGAGGGGGCUCUCCCUGCUGACCCCCCCUCCGACCAAACCCCAGCGCACGUUCCAGUACCAGGGGGCCGACAGCCCCCCCGGGCGCUGGUGCCCGUGGGAGUACUGGACCCCCCCAGUCAGCCCGUCCAGUGCCAAGAGCCACACCAGCGGGCCUCCGCCUAACUGCCCGGCCCCGCCCUGUCCCGUCACCCAUGGCAACGGCUUCUCCCGGCACAAGCGGAACAGGAAAUCGUUUGAGUUUGAGGAUGUGGCGCAGCUGACGGGCCAGCAGGGGGCGCCAGGGAGCGAGUGCCGACGGUCAGGGCUGUACCACGCUCUGUCUGAGGACAACAUCUACGAAGACAUCAUCUCGGACCAGACCCGGGAGAACCCGUACGAGGACGUGAGGCUGCCCCCCCUGAGGGGUCACCCUGUGCCCUGGACCGCCCUGCCGAAACACAGCGCUGACACGCCGAAGCUGCCACCCAAGCCCCUCACCUUGCGAGCGCCCUCUGAAAGGGUGGAGACUGGGCAGGGCUCAGACAGGAAGGAGGCGGGGAAGACCGUCACAUCCAAGACCCUCCUGCCCACCGGACGUUCAGCCCCGAACAAGAGCUGCUACACGGGCCAGAAGACAUACAGACUGCCUCAGUACGUGAGCAAGAUCCAGGAGAUCUUCACCGCCAAGCGGGGAAAGAAGAGACUGCGGACCCAGAAGGGGACCGGGCAGGACAGCUCCGUGCGAGAAGAGAACAGUGGCACCGAGAGUGACCCAGAGGAGGGCAGUAAAGGUGAGGCGCGGCGCUCGGUCUACGUGCAGUCCACCCUGAGGAGGAGGCCAGGGUACCGCACGCUGGAGAGGGACCUGAUCCAGCUCCAGCAGCAGCAGCUCUUCCAGCUCUUCGUGGUGGUGUCGCUGAGAAAGGGCUCCCCCGGAAACACGUACUCCCCUGAGAUCACACAACAGUUCCCCAAUAAGUUUGAGAAGUCCUCUCGUCACUCACGCGAGGCGGAAGACCGGCUCAGGGCCAUCCCCAAAUUCUGCUUCCCCGACUCUCAGGACUGGCGCCCUUCGGCAGACCUCCCCAGUGAAACGUUUUCCUUUGUUCUGACGGGGGAGGAUGGCAGCCGUUGGUUUGGUUACUGCCGGAAGAUCCUGCCCAGUGGGAAGGGGAAGAGGCUUCCGGAAGUUCACUGCAUUGUCAGCAGGCUGGGCUGCUUCAACCUGUUUGCCAAGAUUUUGGAGGAGGUGGAGAGGAGGCGGGAGAUCUCCCCGGCGCUGGUGUACCCCUUCAUGCGCAGCGUCAUGGAGGCCCCGUUCCCCGCCCCCGGCCGCACCAUCACCGUGAAGAGCUUCCUGCCCUGCUCCGGGAGGGAGGUGCUGACCCUGUGCCGGCCUGUGGACUCGCGCCUGGAGCAUGUGGACUUUGAGAGCCUGCUGCUCUGCCUGAGCGUGGAGCGGCUGCUGCAGGUCUUCGCCUCGCUGCUGCUGGAGAGGAGGGUCAUCUUCAUCGCCGACAAACUCAGCACCCUGUCCCACUGUGCCCACGCUGCCCUGGCUCUCCUCUACCCCUUCACCUGGCAACACACCUUCGUGCCCGUCCUCCCCGCCUGCAUGCUGGACAUCAGCUGCUCCCCCACGCCCUUCCUGCUGGGGGCGCUGCCCGCGUCGCUGCCCCAGGUGCUGGAGCUGCCCAUCGAAGAGGUGCUGAUUGUGGAUUUGUGUGCGGACAGGUUUGUCAGACAGCUUGGUGAUGAGGACUGCAUUUUACCCAGGAAGCUCCAGGCAGCUCUGCAGCAGAUUCUGGAGCAGAGGGUAGAGCUGCUGGGGCAAGAUGGAGGAGGGAAUAAGGGAGGGGGCGACUCCAGCCUGAGCCGGCUGCUGUCGGAGGCGUUCGUGCGCUUCUUUGCGGAGCUGGUGGGGCACUACUCGCUGCACAUGGGGGAGGGCCCCGGCGGAACGCUGGAGUUCCAGCGCGACGCCUUCCGGAAGGGGCACCCGUCCCGCGGGGUCCGCCAGUUCCUGCAGCUCUUCAUGGACACGCAGAUGUUCGCCGGCUUCAUCCAGGACAGGGAGCUGCGAAAAGGGGGGGUCAAGGGGCUGUUUGAGGUAAGGGCCGCAGAGUAUAUGGCCUCGAACCCGGACCCGGAGCCAAGUGGGGUCAACAAGUUCCUGAAGGGACUCGGAAACAAGAUGAAGUUCCUGCAGAAGAAGUGAAGGCUAGUUCCGGCACGUUCUCUCUGUCACGGGACAGACAGGCGAUUCUCCCGCUCGGCACGCUGAGUGGAGCGGGGUGUCCGCCAGACCCAGGCCAGCUGCUGGGGGGGGCUGUGAGGGGCGAGGGGUGCUGUGACGGGACGGGACGGGACGGGACAGGGAACCACAGGGGCGCGGUGCUGCGCCUGGAUCCGCUGAAGCGUGGGGUGCAAAAAAACGGGGAGGGAACCCGGGACUGAGCCCACCGUUAGGCUGGGGAAAAAAACCACCUGAUCCCUGAGCCCAGAGAGUCACUGCAGUCAGAGGAAAACUGGAAAUGAGAGGUUUUGAGUGAGCUUCAGUACAGCGAGCAGCGUGUGCUGUUUGGGUUAAACUGGAAGAGUACAGAGGAAGACUAUAGAGGAAGAGUACUGAGGAAGAGCGGGGGGGAGCAGGUGCUAUGUACUUGUGAUGGGUCUGCUGAGAAGCUGCAUGUACAGAAACAUUUCAGAAAGAGAAAUCCUUUGCUGUAAUUUAUACAACUAAUUAAUUUAUAUUUCAUGUCACUAACCCAUUCCUUUCCUCUGUCUCUUUUUACAAACUGUUUACAGUUUUUCUUUUUAUGAUUAUGUUUUUACAUUUGGGUCUGUAGGACUGGUUCAGCCAAUAUAUGAACAUGCUUUUGGUGCUUGUCUUGUGACUUUUACCCUGUUGUCAAUUGUGCACCUCUGUAAAUACUCUUGCUGCUGCUGAUUAAGGUUUACUGGGAUUAUCUUUCUUUCUUUACCAAGAUGUGCUGUGAUUAUAGUCACUAGAAGCCAAUAGGGUUACCUUUAAGGGAAAAAGAACACGUGAGGUUAAGCAUGUAAGGGAAAAAGAACAGUCAGACAUAGCAACGACAAUACCAUUGUACUUUCGUUUUUGUUUAGUUUUUACUUUCAUUUACAGUAUAUUUCAUUUGCAACUGCCACAUGGUAUAAACAAUUUAUUUUUUUCUCUGAUGAAAAGAUGUUUAAAAUCCAAUUUCAAAUUAUCCAUGAAAUCAGUCAAUGGCUUUGUUUAUACAGGCGGUUUCCGUCGACCCAGAGCAGAAUCCUAAUUUUUUUCAGCAGUUAUCUCCUUGAAAUGUAAACAGAAAAUAAUCACAUUGAAUCUGAUAUUUUCCAAAUAUAAUCCCAUUUAUAUAAUUCCAUGUUGGACUACACCCUUGUGUGGUCCUAAAUCCAAUACAUAUGCUAGACCUGGCCAUAUGACUUGUCUGGCCAAACAGAUCUGUUUUUUUGUUUUUGUUUUUUUUGUUGUCCUCAGCUAGUUUUUUUUUUUUUCAUUGUCUCAUGACAAAUAAGAAAUGUAGUUUCUCGAAACACACAAAUCUGAUCUGGCCACUUGUAAAUUUAUUGUGUUGGCAGUUGCCCAGAAUAAUUAGAUUUGACAAACGAGUCCCAUUUGAGUAGUAAAGCCUACUGUCUAAACAAAGCCAAUGAAGAGACUCUUGUCAACUUUUUGAAACAGCAUCCCUCAACUGCUGAAUUGCUGGUUUUAGUGCAUAAACACACACCUGGAGAAAAUAUUUGGAGCUGGUUUAUAUUACCUUGGUUUACAACAGUCAUCUCUUAACUGAAGUUUUU